AUGCCUACUGCUACCGAAUACUUUGGCAUAUCUGUCAGCAAUAUUGGUCCUCUCACUACGACUUACACGCCUCCUCCGGAAUGCACCAGGGCAACAACCGAUCAUCUCGUCUAUGCCCUCGAGAGCUCUUUGGUAUAUGGGUUUGGUUCUCCUGACUGUGUGAUUGACCCUUAUGGAAAAUGUCUUCCUUCUGGGGCUGCCAUGGAUUCCAUCAUCAAAGAGUACAGUUACCCAAAGUCUGGGCAAGGCAUUCAUGCAUUUCACUCUCCUGGAAUCGACUGCCCUGAAGGUUGGACUACCGCUGGAUUGCUUGCACACGGUGAUAAGACUGGAUCGGCGUAUAGAAGUGGUGUAUUUACCUCCACGACGAGCGUAAACUCAUCGCACCCCCUGCAGAUGGGCUCUGAUGAAUGGUGGCUCAGAGUCUUGGAGCCUUCCGAGACCCUGGCGUGGUGCUGCCCAAGCGGCUGGGCUUCUCUCCCCUACGGAUAUUGCAGGUCCUCCAUUGCCCCCGCUCUUUCAGCUGGCUACAACAGCGCUUGUUAUGAGGGAGUCGCCGAGACUGCGGCCAUUGUCACCGUCCACACUGUCGAGGGUGAACCUGUUUCUGAUACAGACGGGCUUCUCUCUUUCCUCCCCGACGUAACAUAUACUACAGAGACGGUUGCGUUGACUGAACAGUGGAGUGAUCCCAGUUUGGUUGCAUCCAUGGUUAUUGCUAGACAGUUUCCUGCGGUUGAGAUGAUCUACAAAGCUGAAGAUGUCAAGGCUGCUAAUAAUGGGUCCAAGGCCGACGAGGAUGGGAAGGCUAAGGACGAUGAUAAUGCCGCGUUGACUUUGUCGAUGGUCGGAGGGGUUGCCUCAGGGGUUGCAUUGAUAGUCGGAUUGCUGACUGGAGCUGGUCUGUUGAUGCCUUGGUGA